AUUUACCAAACAGAAGUCGACAGCUGAUUGACGCUCUCUUACUUAUUAUAUUGUUGUUAUAUUAUUAAAUUUUGUCCUGUAUAUACAUGUACUAAUAUUAGUGUACAAUAAGAUAACAAGUGAUAAGAUUACAAUCCGGUAAUCAAUUAGAAAGAAGAAACCAUAGGAAAACACGUCAAAUUACCGGCAAUCAAGGUUUAACAUUGAAAUGAGUCAGAAAAUAUUGGAUAAAUCAAUAUUGUUUUGUGAUUUUGAAGUAACUAUAAAUAAAUACAGUUGCGGAAUAUUUGGCGAUUAGUUAAAAAGAACUUUGCCCAUCUAUAGUUCAAUAAGUUGACUUUGAUCACAAUAAAACUCAAAUACGGACUUUGAGCACUUAUACUUAUACUAUAUUCUGCAAGAUGCUGGAUUCACUUUACAGUUAUUGGGCAAAUUUACCAGGUUAUCAUGUAUUAGGUUUCGGAUUAAUCGCCUAUUUUACCUAUUAUCUUAUACUAGUGGUUAAACGCCCCACAUUUGUUUGCGCCGAAGGACCACUUAAAAAUUAUCUUCUGCGGGAAAUACCAACAUUGAGUGUUAAGUUUUGGCCUACAUUUUGGUGUUUAGACAGUCGCGCUCAAACAGUUUUUGCCAGUGUCUUACGUUCCAAAGUUAUACCCCCUAUUAGCUAUAAAAGGGAAAUUUACACUCUGAAAGAUGGAGGCGAAGUAGCUUUGGACUGGAUGGACACGAAUUGUAAUUCCAAUUCGCCUUGUAUUAUUAUUUUGCCCGGCUUGACAGGUAAUUCUCAAGACGAAUAUGUAAAGUGCCUAGUAUACGCGGCCAAUAAUUCUGGCAUACGUGUUAUCGUCUUUAAUAAUCGCGGACUUGGUGGUGUAACUAUCAAAACGCCACGCCUCUACAAUGCCUGUAACUGUGAGGAUUUGGCUGAGGUAGUGCAACAUGUUCGAAAUGUAUUGCCUGCACACUGCAAAAUAGGAGCUACUGGUGUUUCGAUGGGUGGCCUAGUGUUGGGUAAUUAUUUGGCACGUAGAAGCCAGGAAGCGCGGACAUAUUUAUCGGCAGCUAAAAUAAUUUCAGUACCUUGGAAUGUGCAUAAAGCUAUUGAUAGUAUAGAACAACCUAUUUUAAAUAAUCUUCUCGGACGUAUAUUAACACAAAACAUGUAUCGUACGUUAAAGAGAAGUGGACUGCACGAACAUCAGGAACUCGAUAUGAAAAGUAUUAAAACGUGCAAAACAAUCAGAGAAUUCGACACCAAUUUUACCAUUAAACAUUUUGGUUAUCGCAGUGUAGAAGAUUAUUACAACGAUGCUACUUUGCAAGAUAAAUUGCAUCACAUCUCCGUGCCACUACUGUGUUUGAGUGCUGCCGAUGAUCCAUUUCAACCGCUUGAUGCCAUUCCCAUCAAAGCCGCAAACGAAAGCAGUCACGUGGCUAUUAUCGUAACUGCUCGUGGAGGCCACAUUGGAUUUCUAGAGGGAUGUUUUCCUUCGGCUAAAGAUCAGUACAUAAGUCGCGUUUUCGUCGAAUACUUUACUAAAGCUUUAUUUGACGAAGAAGGUGAAUUUCAACGAAUUAAAGAAGAUCUUCACCGAAGAUACUUGGAGAAACAUCGGGAUUUCAAAGUUUAAUGUAUUAUUUAAACAUAUUUAUUGAUUAUUUAAUUGGUUAAUUAAUAUUGUUGUUAUUAA